ACUGAGGCAGCAGUGAGGAAGUGAAGAUGACAAACUUUCAUUUCCCUCGUGAAACUUUUAUUUAUACCUGAAGCUUUUACUGAGGAAAGAGGAACCGACAGCAGCGCAGACAGAAGGACGCAGCUGUCCGAGUGUUGGAGCCUCUGACACGUUGAACUCCGACACAAGAACAUGAUGGAGGCAUCUGAUGAAGAAGAUCUAAUCAGAGAAGCUGAUCCGCUCACAGCGCCUCCUAAUGGCGGCAUGAACGAACUGCUGAAUGUGGGGCAGGAGGACAACAUACAGGGUCAGAUGGAUGAGUUUUUGGGCCCGCAGGCCGAAUACAACGAGGAGGAGGAGGAGAGGAAAUACUACAGGAGGAAGAGGCUCGGAGUCAUCAAGAACGUCCUCGCAGCCAGUUUUGGAGCCAUGAUCGUGUACAGUGUGUACAUGGGCCUACUACAGAUGCAGCUGAUCCUCCAUUAUGACAUGACCUACCGUGAGGUCAAAUACAGCAACCUCGGUCUGCAGGACAUUGACCGGAAGAUGCUGAUGGGCAUCAACGUCACACCGAUCAUCGGCCUCCUCUACACACCCGUACUCAUCAGGUUUCUAGGUACGAAGUGGAUGAUGUUUCUGGCUUCAGGAAUCUACGCCCUCUUCGUCUCAACCAAUUACUGGGAGCGUUACUACACUCUGGUUCCGUCAGCCGUGGCUAUCGGCGUGGCCAUUGUGCCGCUUUGGGCCUCUUUGGGAAACUAUAUCACAAGGAUGGCACAGCAGUACUACGAAUACGCCAACUACAAGGAAGAGCACGUUCAGGAGCAGAAGAAGCUUCCAAAGGGAGCGUGUCACAGCUACAUCAUCGUCUUCCAGUCGGUCUUCAACAUCAUCUUCAGUCUGAGUUUCGUCUUCGCUGAGCUGCCCAUGCGUCUCGUCCUCAACGGCUACCUGCGAGAUAGCCGCCACAUUCUCCAUAACGUCAAUAAAUGCGGAGCUGAAAUCAGUGGAGUGAUUCCCGGCUUCAACACCACCGUGCUGAUCAACCUGCCGCGCUCCAUGCUGCUCAUCCAGGUGGAGAGCGUCCUCAUGGGCUUCGCUUUCCUCUCCAUGAUCAUAUUCCUUGUGCUGUGUGGCCCCGCCUACCGCCCGACAGAGGAGAUCGACCUCCGCAGCAUCGGCUGGGGAAACAUCUUCCAGCUGCCUUUCAAACACCUGAGGGACUACCGGCUGCGACUGCUCUGCCCCUUCUUCAUCUACAGCGGCUUUGAAGUGCUGUUUGCCAUCAAGGGAUUCUCUCUGUCCUACGGCGUCUGCGGUUUGGGUUUGGAUAAACUGUGGCUUCUCAUAGUCGUCUAUGGCCUCUCCUGUUCUGUGUUUUCCUCCCUCUCCCUUUGCCUCCUGCGCCUCCCACGCUGGGUGUGUCUGGCAGGGGGCGCCGCUGUGCACGUGGCCCUCCUGGUGGCUCUGAUGGUGAUUUCUCCAAAGCCCCGGGUAGCGAGUCUUGGUCCUCUGCUCGUGAUCUCGGUGCUGUGGGGACUCGGCACCGCUCUGAACAAGACCGGUGUCAGCACUCUGCUCGGCAUACUGUACGCUGAGGAAAAAGAACGUCUGGACUUCGUGUACACCAUCUACCACUGGUUCCAGGCCAUCGCCAUCUUUAUCGUCUACCUCUGGUCCGGCCUGCCAAUGAGGGCCAAACUCUCCAUCCUUCUGGCCACCCUGCUGCUGGCCUGCUACUGCUACUGGGUGAUGGAGCGCCGCCUGGCCAGUAAAGUGUCUUACAGACUGCCACGCAUCCCUCGGCCACGGCAUAAGGUCAAAGGCUACCGCUACCUGGAAGAGGACAACUCAGACGAGUCAGACUCGGAGAGGAGUGAGGAGGACGACGAAGAGGACGAGAAGGAAGAUGAAGAGCAUGUUGUGGAGGAGAUGGGAGCAGAGGGCGGGGAGGAAGGGGGGCAAGAUGGCGGGGCUGACUCACCCAGAGCCAGGAGGAGGGGAGUCGAGGGUCGCUGGCAAAGACGGGAGGGAAACCAGGGCGAGAGGGAGGAACGUAAGGGAGGCUGAUGGAGGAGAAAGUAGGAAAGAUGGUGGACAGAAGUCAGAUACAGGAGAGGACGACGGUUAGCGAUGCGCUGGAUUCUUCUGUAUUCAUGACUCCGUAUUUUUACAGCUAAUGCAGCUCUUAUGUGCUACUCUGAACAAGACAAACGUGGCAUGAGCUUAUAUCAGAAACCCCAAAUUUACUAUUCAACUGUUCAACCAAAAGAAAGUGUCCAGCAACUGCAAAUGCUCCAGUGAGGAUAAAAAGUAUUCCCCUCCUCAUUUUAUGGCUUUUUAACUUUCAGUCAUGGACAAAAUAAUUUAGCUUUUUUGACAAGAAUUUACCCCCCAAAAAAGACUUUCAUUUCCAGCUGAAAACAGAUUUAGUCAAAGUAAUAUAAAUUAUUUAAAAAUAUAAAAUGAAAAUAUAAGCGAGACUCUGAAGUCAACUAGAAGAAGAAGCUUCUUUGAUCUGAUAAGACCAAAAUUGAGCUUUUUGGUCAUCAGACGAGACGUUAUGCAUGACGAACACCAAGCACCACACGUCAUCACAAACACGCCAUCCCCACUGUGAAGCAUGGUGGCGGCAGCAUCAUCAUGUAAAACUGCAGUGUCCAGACCUGUGUAUACAGGCUCAAUGCUGACAUUUAUUCUACUAAAUACUGAUUUGAAGGCAUGGGAUACCUAUGCAAUCACCUGUUUUACAUUUUAGAGUUUUUAUUUAUUUACAUUACUUUGUCAAAAUUUCUUUUCAUGUUGAAAUGAAAAAGUCUUUUUUUAAUUCUUGUCAAAUGGCCAAUAUAUAUAUUAACCAUGAUACAAUCCUAAAAAAAACAAUAAAAGGUGAAAACUUACAAUGAAGGUGAAUACAUUUCACAGCACGAUAUAUUGCUAUUUACCAUCUAAACUCAAUACCUCGGAUAAAACAAAUCUAUUGUUGGUACUUUAUUUUUCUUUUGCUGCACAGUUUGUAGCUUAUAUUUAACGUACUGAAAGGAGGGACAUCUUAGGAGUUGAUUUUCUAAGUUGAACCACAAGGUGAAAUGUGUGAUUGUGUUUAAGAUGAUUUUUUUGGCCAUUUUUACACCUUAUUUCAAUAGAUGUGUGUGGCGCAGUCAUUUUCAGAGAGCCUGCACGAUCCAGCUGGAUUUGGAUUUUCUAUUUUGUCUUUUUUUAACGUCGUCCGUUUAUAUACACAUUUGUCAGACAAAACAAGCUAACUCAACAGAUUCUUAGAAGCUAUAGUAUCUUGAGCUGAAUGGAAUGUGCUUUUUGCAGAAAAUUAAUGUAUAUUUUUGUUCAGUGCGCAGCAAGUACAUAAGUUCAGUCGUGAGUGGCCUCAGAGGGUAUUAUGGUUUGUGAUACAUAGUCUCUCAAACAUGUUUUGAAUAAAAGCAUAUUUAACUCAGCAAUUAACAUGUCUGUAGCCAUGCAGUGGGCCUUCUUAGGAUCAAUGAUCUGAGCUAAAUGCUAACUUUACCAUUCUAACAGAAUGUUACAGUGCUAGCAUUUGCUAACUCGCAAUACAAAGUCCAGACAAGGUUGAUGGAAAUGACUAUAAGCCAAAGUACCGUACACCAAAGUUAUUAGAACUUCCUUCUGAUGGAGGCAUUGACGUGCAGAAUAAAUUUCAUGGCAAUUCACCCAGUAGUUAUAGAAAUAUUUCACUAAAAACCUCAAAUGUCAACGGUGGUGCUAGUGGAAAGGUCAGAGGGUCACAAAAAUCAAAAGGAUUUCUAUGCUGCUAGUGUAAAAAAAAUAAAAAUGAAAAGAAGAGAAAAACAAUAUAUCACAGUUUCUCAUAUGAAACUACACACCUGACCUUAAAAGAUCUCAAAAGUAUUAGUCUGUGCUGAAUGCCUUUUUGUGUUUGACAUGUCAGAACAGGAAAAGUGCUGUUUUAUACGAUAACCUUAAUUAGCAGCUUCAAUUUCAGUGUCCUGGCUUUGUACAGCAUGUUCCAGUUCACUGUCACACUGUAAGGACUCGCUGGGACACUUAAGUUGAGCAGAUUCAUUGUUAUUAGUAACACAUAUGCUUUUCCUCCUAUGACAGGUCAGAAUUUAUGCUGUGAAAAAAGAGCCUAUUAGUCACUCAUGACAGGUUGGUAAUUUUGAGAUCCAACUUUGGAGAGGUCUUGCUUUUAUGCACGCUGGCUAAUUGUAAGGUGACAUUAAUUCCACCUGUGCUUUCCUGCUGUAAGAUAAAAGUAUUGGGGAUGGAGUUUUGGUUUACUUUUUGGGUUUAGCUGAAUCUACAUAGCACAGUCUUCUUACUGUGUUCACUUUUCUGCACACGGUUGUCUUAAUUUGCUGGCAUGCGUUUUGUUUUUUUUGGUUUCUGACGUUUCUUCACGAUCAUUUGAAAAUAAAUCUGUAUUUACUAAGCUUCUUCACGGCUGAAAGCUAUCACAGUUUCAUACAGAUAGUGAUACAUUUCAUAUAUUUACUGAACUGUACUCUAUAGCUUAUUCUGUUCCACUAACCACAGUAAGAAUUUGUAUUGAAACAAGCUGUAGAAGGAAGGAAAGCAAACCACAUCCUAUGCUAGAUAUUUAAUUGAGCAUUAAAUAUGAAAAUCAGA